AAGAAAUACAAAGGGCAAGCGGUAGCUGUGGACACCUACUGCUGGCUGCACAAAGGCGCUUACGCUUGUGCCGAAAAGCUGGCCCGGGGAGAGCCGACAGAUGCUUAUGUAGCUUUCUGCAUGAAGCUUGUUGAUAUGCUCCUCUCAUUUGAAAUAAAACCAAUUCUGGUGUUUGAUGGAUGCACCCUACCUUCUAAGAAGGAAGUGGAGAAGGCCCGACGAGAGAAGCGUCAAGCCAAUCUUCUGAAGGGGAAACAAUUGUUGCAGGAAGGCAGACUUUCAGAAGCUAGGGAGUGUUUUGGGCGAAGUGUAAAUGUUACCCAUGUUAUGGCUCAUGAAGUUAUUAAAGCUGCACGAGCCCGGGGAGUCGAUUGUAUCGUUGCUCCCUACGAAGCUGAUGCUCAGCUGGCUUAUCUUAAUAAGGCUGGCAUGGUUCAAGCAAUAAUUACAGAAGACUCUGAUCUUUUAGCUUUUGGAUGUAAAAAGGUGUUUCUGAAAAUUGACAAGUUUGGAAAUGGACUAGAAAUAGAUCAAGCUCGCCUAGGAAACUGCAAGCAGCUCGGAAAUGUGUUUACGGAAGAGAAAUUCCGCUACAUGUGCAUCCUUUCUGGCUGUGACUACCUCCCAUCCAUCCAUGGAAUCGGAUUAGCUAAAGCCUGCAAGUUACUCAAAUUAGCCAACAAUCCAGAUAUCAUAAAGGUUAUUAAGAAAAUGGGGCAGUACUUGAAGAUGAAUCUCACAGUACCUGAAGAAUACAUACAGGGUUUUACACGAGCCAAUAAUACAUUCCUUUAUCAAUUAGUUUUUGAUCCCAUCAACAGAAAACUAGUUCCUCUGAAUGCAUAUGAGGAUGAUAUUGACCCAGAAACACUAAUUUAUGCUGGACGACAUUUUGGUGAUAGUACUGCUUUUCAGAUUGCCAUUGGCAACAUUGAUAUCGAUACAAUGGAACAGAUUGAUAAUUAUAACCCUGACACCGCACAGCCUGUGCAACAGAGGAGUUGUGGCUGGAAUGACACACAUGCUAAUCAUGUAAAUAGCAUUUGGAGCAAAGACUACAAGCUUGGCCCUAAUGCAGAUACUGUCCCUCAUAAAAUGCAUUUUCUAGAGAAACCAACAACCAAAGGCAUGGAGAAGAUAAUUAGUGUUAAAGGGCUGAAACUUCCAGGCAAAGAGCUCUUGCCAAAAAGGCCAAGGAGUGAUUUAGAAGAAAUCUCAGAUGGAGAUCUGUUGAACCAAUAUUCAUUUUCAAAAGCAAAAAAAUUCAAGGAGAGUAAUCAUGAUAGACAAGAACAAAAGAGUGUCUCAGCAAUACAAAGCCUUGAUUCUUCAGGAAGUUCUGUCGCUCAAGAAAGCUCCAACUCCCUGCCCAGAGUCAGAAAUAAAUUUGCUUCCUUUCUACAAAGGAAAAACAAGGAGAAGGAUGCUGUAAUUGUUCCAGGAACAAGAAGCAGGUUUUUCUGCAGUGAUGCAAUUAUGUUUGAUGACAGCACUAAGGAUGACAGUGAGCUAAUUCAGGAUGCUGAGCAAGAUUGCCAGAAACAGGAAAUAAAACAUACAGCAGAAGAUAUUUCCCAUUCUUCAGAAACUGAAAAAUCAACAAGGACUAUCUUGACACCUCCUGGAGGAACACAGAAAAAUUGCUUCCAGUGGUUUAGCAGCCUUCUAAAUAAUUCAGGAAAUCCUGGUCCAUCUCAUACUGUGUUUUCACAGCAGUUUCACCAACAAAGAAGGAACUAUGUUGUACCCCAGAAAGAUCAGAUUAAUGGGGCGCAAAAAGAGAGUGGGGCUGUGUGUGGCGAAUUGGAGGAAGAAUCUUCCCCCUUAACAGAACUGGACCAGUCAUCACAGUCUCAAAGGUCCUGUGACCCCUCAGAAUGCAGUUUGGAGUCUUCAGAAGUACUGCAAGUGUCUAACAACAGUUCAGAUACAGAAGAAUCUGACUCCAAGUCAAGACAAGCUGAUGGUCAACAUACUAAGUCUCCAGUAUUUUCUGCUGUUCAAACUGGCAGAAAAAAUACAAUCACAAAGACCAAGGUUCCUGGUUUGCAUAAACCCAGUUCUCUAGGGUCUCGUAUUGUAACAAAGCUCAAGCCGUUGAUACCAGCAAAAGUAAGUGGGUUAAGCAGGAAGCUCUCACCUAUGCAGAAGAGAAAUCACUGUGAUGCUGAAAAUAAGCUGGGACUGCAAGAUGCCCUGAGUGAACUCCGGAAAAACUUCCAGUUUAAAAGAGAAUAUGAAAAACUUCCCUCUUGUAAGAAGUCAGACCCAUUGUCUCCAAUCAAGGAUAAUAUACAGCUCACUCCAGAAACAGAAGAAGAAAUCUUUAAUCAUCUUGAACGUAGUCAUGUUCAGAGAGCUAUAUUCCCAUGA